AAAACAUUGUUUUCCUUCACAAAUUGUGUGGAGCCGUGAAUGCGGCACACACUGCAUGUUGUGGGUGGAAUCUACAGUUAUGUGCCUGCCUUUUUUUUUUCUUUUCUCUUUUUUCCUCCCUCUUUAGUCCACUCCAGUUUCAUCUGAAAGCCCGGUCUCCUCCUCAGAAAACUCUUCUUCUGCUGACAAGUUCUCUCCUGUGAGUAUAGGCAGCCACUGUCACAAGAGGAACCGGGGGGGAGUUCAAGAGAUCAGAGGCAGAGCUGCAGUUUCCCCCCCCCCCCCCCAUCACCACCACCACCACCCUUCCUUCUUCAUUCAGUCUUCUGGGAAAAAACCAGAUGAGUCUCUUCAAAGUGAUAAUGUAAAUAUCUCUCUGGCAACUGGUGGAAAAAAAACUAAAACGUGGGAGUUUUGACGCAAAAACGUGGAAGAAUUCUCCUGCACUAUUCCUGAAGACGAGCAAAGGGGCUGUGCUGCCAGGACAUGAGUCUCGUGGAGGUGAGGCAAGCGGCCAGGGCGUUGACCCUUCCCCUGUCUGGCAACGACCCCAAGGAGCGCUACUUCGACCAGGUCGAUGAGAAUGAUCCCGAGUACCUUCGCUGCAAGAACAUGUCGCCAGACCUGCGGCAGGACUUCAACAUGAUGGAGCAGAAGAAGAGAGUCACGCAGAUCCUGCACAGCCCAAUGUUUAAAGAUGAGCUGGAGGGGUUGAUUCAGGACCAGAUGACGAAAGGCAACAACCCUACUGGUCUCCUCGCUCUGAGACAGAUUGCUGACCUAGUCAUGGCGAGCACCGUGGGAGGGGCCGGCCAGUUGACGUCGCCCAUCAGCUUUGGGAUGGUGACUCCAGUCAACGACUUGUACGGCAUCGAGUCGCCCUCCUUCGCUAAAGGGGAAAAGGCGAGUCGUUGCCGACUGGCCAGCCUCUACAGGCUUGUUGACCUCUUCAGCUGGGCUCGUUUUACAAGCUCCUACAUUACUGUGCGUGUCAGUAAAGAGCAGGACCACAUUCUUAUCAGCCCACGAGGUCUGUCCUUCGCUGAGGUGACGGCAGCAAAUUUGGUGAAGGUGAACAUAAUUGGUGAGGUGGUGGAUCAGGGUUCCACUGAUCUGGCCAUCGACCAAUUUGGAUUUGAGCCCCAUGCUGCCAUUUACUCCAUGCGCCCGGACGUGAGAUGCAUCAUCCACAUGCAAAGCCCCGCUACAGCAGCUGUGUCCUCGAUGAAAUGUGGAGUCCUGCCCAUUUCCCAGGAGGCUUUGCUUCUGGGAGACGUGAGCUGCGUUGGUUACCAUGGCAGCCUGGAUAAUAAAGAGGAGAAGGUGGAGUUUCAGAAGGCGCUGGGCCCGACUGCCAAGGUGAUGAUCCUGAGGAACCACGGGCUGCUUGCUUUGGGAGAAACAGUAGAAGAAGCUUUUCACUAUGCGUACCACUCACAGCAAGCCUGUGAGGUCCAGGUGAAUGCUUUGAGAUGUUCAGGCGGCACGGACAACCUUGUGCUGCUGGACAGGGAGAAGUUUAAACCUCUGACCCAGGGAGUGGCCUCUGCCGGGGUGGCGAUAGACAGUGAGGUCAAGUGGAAAGUAGGCGAGGCAGAGUAUGAGUCCCUAAUGAGGAUGCUGGACAACCUGGGAUACAGAACAGGCUACCCGUACAGGAACCCCAUUGUCCGCGAAAAGCCCCGUUCCAAGAAUGACGUGGAAAUCCCCGCCACGGUGUCCACUGUGCCGCUAGAGGACGGCGAGCUGGGUCUGCGCAGCCCCUUUAAGUUCAUGGCGCAGAAGCAGCAGAGGGAAAGAACUCGGUGGCUCAACUCCCCCAACAGCUACCUGAGGGUCAACGUUCCUGAGCCGUCGCCGUGCGGCGACGUCAGCCCCAGGACCAAAACCAUGUGGAUGAAGUCUUCACAGCCAGGCAACAGCAUGGGCACCCCAAUAAAGAUUGAGGACCCCAACCAGUUUGUCCCACUCAACACUAAUCCCACAGAGGUUCUGGAUAAGAGGAACCGGAUUAAAGAGCAGCACAGAGGCGACCUGAUGACUGCAGGACCAAAGUCUCAGUUACUAGCAGGCAUUGUUGUGGACACCAUCCCAGGACCAGCUUUCAUCAUUGAGGAUGAGGAGCAGACUCGCUCUCUUCCUCCGAACCCUUUCAACGAGCUCACAGAGAAGGUGCUGGAGGAAUACAAGAGCCUGGUGGAGAGAAAGCAGCAUGGCCAAGAAGAAGAUGAAGAUGCCACCGAUGCAGAUGAGAUGACCACGUUUGACGGCUCCACCAUCUCCCUGUCCCUCUCUCCCAUGAUGACGCCAUCUAAAGACUCGUUACCCAACGGGAAGGACCACAUGUCGGAGCUGGACGAGGACCUGAGCAUCGAGAUCUCCAAGCUGAGCACCUCGGAGACGGUGGAGAUUUCCAUCAAGGAGAAGACGGGCGACGGCGCUCAGACGCCGGAGAGCCAGACCAAGUCCCCGAAGAAGAAGAAGAAGAAGUUCCGCACGCCGUCGUUCUUGAAGAAGAGCAAGAAAAAGAAGGAGGAGAAGGAAAAGACUGAAGCCUGAGAGCAUUUACUAUAAAAAAGAGAAGGAAAAAAUGAACUGCAGGCUCAUUUAAGGGAAGUAAAAUUUUGAGAAUAAUUUUUUUUUAAGUCAGAAAGUCUCCCAGGACGGUGCUUUUAUUUCCCUGCACAUCUUCCCUCGUUGACAGCUACUGUUCCGUGUUAAAUGGGUGAUCUUUGUCCCCCCCAUUGAAAAUCUAUGGAUUGACCACUCAUGAAGGGCUCAGUAAACGGUUUUAAGUGAACGGUGAAUCCGUAUUACCGACGCUAAGGCUUCGAUUAUGUGUGUUAAACAUCAGAUUGAGGCCUGGUUACUUAUUUGUUGUUUUAUUUUUUUUUGCACAAGUUUUUUUUUUUCUUUUUAAUCGUUGAAUGUAUACCAAAAAAAAUUGUGUAACAAUUUUAAAAAAAUGUAAUAAUCACACAUAAUGUAGUGGUGGCUGAACACGUUUAAACAGAUUAAACAACAUUUAGCCUCACGAGACGAACGUACGAUUUAUCCAAACAUAUUCAUAGCUAUAUAUACACACAAUCCUGUAAUAAUAAUAAUACAUGUCGGUUUAUAUUACACACACAUAUAUAUACAUAUAAAUAUAACAAUAUUCUAGUGUUGAAUAGGUAAAUAAAUGAUAGUUUUAAUGACAAACUGUAUUUACGUUACAAACUAACCCAUGCUAAACAUGCUGUGAUUUGAUAAUAACAGUAAUAAUUCAUGUUUUUGUUGUUCUUAGGUGAGUUAGUCGUUCACAGGGUUGCUGCUUUAUUGUGAUUGUGACGAGAGAAACGUGUUUUGACCUUUUGCGAGCGACAGAGUUGGACUUUUUUAACAGAACGGACGUUGAAAAGUGUGAAGAUUGAAUCGGAGAAAAUUGGAUGUUUUUGAUGGAUUUUGUUCAAAUUAUGAAUUGAUGGCGAUUUCUUUUUUUUUUUACUGUGGGAAAGUUUUCUUUUGCAGCCAAUAUUAAGAGUUUGGUGUUAAGUAUAUUAGAGGACCAUUUUAUAUAUAUCUACAUCCCAGUUGGUAAUGUGAAUGGGUUUUUUUUUGGCUAGGGCUGCAACAAUUCAUCCAUGUUUUGUGAUUUUCUUUUUAGCUUCAAAAUGUGAAUAUUUUCUUGGGGGUUUCUGUGAAUUUCUUUUCGAAUAACACAGGAACUAGAAAAAAAGUUUAAUUUGGUUUGUUGACCAAAGAAGAAGAGUUUAGGACAGUGUUUUCCCAAAAUUUCUAAAUUGUGUCCCAAUUGUCAAUUAAUAAUUUCCAAGAUAUGUUUGGAAAAUUAAUAAAAACUUAAUUUCAUGCACGUAAAACAAAUUCUUAAUUAUCCCAGGACCUAUGUGGGGGUGCCGACCCAGUCUUUGGGAACCCCUUGUUCAGGAAACACUUGUUUGUUUUUUUUAAGCUUCAUAAAUGUGAAUGCUUUCUGAAUUCUUAAUGAAUUUCUUUCCUAGAGAUUACAAAGGAACCAGGAAAAAAAUUGCAGUUGAUUUUAGUUUUGGAUUCAGUGUUUCCAACUUUCUAUAAUGACCCAAUUUUCUGAAGAUGACAAAACUAUUGUGACCCAAAUCACAGUUGCAAUUGUCAUUUACACCAAAUAUCAUUUUUAAAUUGGUAAAUUAAUAUUUUCUAAGAGAGGUUUUACGCAUUUAUUAAAACUUGAUUGUAUGCUUGUAAUUUACAACAUAUGAAACAAAUUUUUUGGGGCCCAAAAAAAUUUCCCAUGACCUAUGUGUGAGUCCCGACCCAGUCUUUAGGUACCCCUUGUUUUUUGGUUUGAGGACAAUAGAAGACAGUUGAUUUUAGUUUAGGACUGUUUCCCAGCACACAUUUUAAAUAAUUUUAAAUAAUUUAAAACAUAUUUUAAAUUAUAUUUUGUUUGGGGUCCCAAAAAAAUAUCUCCUGCCAUCCACGUGAGAGUCCUGACCCAGUCUGAGAACCCCCUUGUUUAGGAAACAACAAGUUUAUUUUUUUCCAUAAAUGUGAAAGUUUUGUGAGUUUUUUGUGAAUUUCUUGCCAUGUAACAGGACAAUAAUAAUAAUAGUUAUGUAAUAAUUUAGAACAGCGUUUCUCCAAAUUUCAUUUCCUGUUUUACGUUUUAUAAAACAUCUACAACAAAUUAGCUCCCGCGACCCACGUUAGGGUCCCGCCCCGGUUAGGAAACACUUGUCGCUUUUUUUUCUAAACUAAAAUGAUAAACUGAGUAAAUAAUGCAGUCUGAAGAGAAUCCGUUGAUGAGUUGCAGCCCUAGUUUGGACCUAAAAGGAAGUGAACUCUUUGCCUUUUGUAAAUAUUUUUCUUUUCUUUUGUUACAAACUAAAACCAAAUGUUAAAAACAUAGAGAAAUGUGAUGUACAAUCUAAUAACAUCUAUAUUUGUUUUUUUAAAUUUCCAUCCACCGUAAUGAAGCUUCUUCUCCUUGACUGAACACUUAUGUUUACAGACUGUAUAUUAUUAUUAUUACUCCCUGUGUCAUUUGUUUGCCUGUAGUUUCUCCUGUUUCCUCUGUUGUUUACAUUAUUUGCAUUUUUUUCCAUAGCGCUCAAAGCUAAAAAAAAAUUGCUUUUCAUCUGAUGUAAUAAAAAACUUGGAUAUGUUUC